AUGGACAAAGUAAAGGACUUUAAUUGCAUAUACAGAAACCCCAAUGAACCCAUUGAAGCUCGAGUCAAAGACCUUCUUUCUCGCAUGACUUUGAAAGAGAAGGUGGGCCAGAUGACACAAAUCGAGCGCCGGGUCUCCACCCCAGAUGCCAUUAGAGACUUCUCCAUCGGGAGUAUACUCAGUGCUGGAGGCAGUGUGCCCUUUGAGAAGGCCUUGUCGUCGGACUGGGCCGAUAUGGUCGAUGGGUUUCAGAGGUCAGCUCUUGAGUCACGGCUCGGAAUACCACUGAUAUAUGGGAUUGAUGCGGUUCAUGGGAACAACAGUGUGUAUGGCGCCACUAUAUUUCCUCACAAUGUUGGUCUCGGGGCCACCAGAGAUGCGGAUUUGGUUAAAAGGAUUGGUGCUGCAACUGCUCUUGAAGUCAGGGCUAGUGGCAUUCACUAUGCUUUUGCUCCCUGUGUGGCUGUGUGCAGAGAUCCCAGAUGGGGAAGAUGCUAUGAAAGUUACAGUGAAGACACUGAAAUUGUUAGAAAGAUGACGUCUAUUGUUACAGGCUUGCAGGGGCAGCCACCCCAAGGGUAUCCAAAGGGCUACCCUUUCGUGCUGGGAAGAAACAACACUAUUGCAUGUGCCAAGCAUUUUGUUGGAGAUGGGGGUACGCAUAAAGGUCUUAAUGAGGGGAAUACCAUAUCAUCUUAUGAUGACUUAGAGAGGAUUCAUAUGGCACCAUAUCUGAACUGUAUUUCUGAUGGAGUUUCCACUGUUAUGGCAUCCUAUUCCAGCUGGAAUGGAAGUAAACUACAUGCUGACCGUUUUCUCCUGACAGAAAUCUUGAAAGAUAAGCUGGGUUUUAAGGGUUUUGUGAUUUCUGACUGGGAAGCAAUUGACCAACUUUGCGAACCUCGAGGUGCAUAUUAUCGUUUCUGCAUUUCAUCUGCCAUUAAUGCAGGAAUUGACAUGGUGAUGGUGCCUUUCAGAUAUGAACAAUUUGUGAAGGAUUUGGUGUAUCUGGUCGAACAUGGGAACAUAUCAAUGUCCAGGAUAGAUGAUGCUGUUGAAAGAAUUCUAAGAGUGAAGUUUGUUUCCGGUCUUUUUGAGCAUCCCUUCUCUGAUAGAUCUCUGCUGGACAUGGUUGGUUGCAAGCUGCAUAGAGAUCUAGCACGCGAAGCAGUUCGCAAGUCCUUGGUUCUUUUGAAGAAUGGAAAGGAUUCAAGGAAACCUUUCCUUCCAUUAGACAGAAAAGCUAAAAGAAUACUUGUUGCUGGAACACAUGCUGAUGAUCUCGGAUAUCAGUGUGGAGGGUGGACAGCUACUUGGGAUGGUCGCAGUGGCAGGAUCACAAUUGGCACAACCAUCUUGGAAGCUAUCAAGAAGGCAGUUGGAGAUGAUACAGAAAUAAUUUAUGAGCAAUAUCCAUCAGCAGACACCUUAGCACGUGAAGAUAUUUCUUUUGCAAUUGUAGCUGUUGGUGAAGGACCAUAUGCAGAAUUCAGAGGUGACAAUUUGGAGCUUACCAUCCCCUUCAAUGGAACUGAUGUGAUAAGCUCAGUUGCUGAUAGACUCCCCACAUUGGUGAUUCUGAUAUCUGGAAGACCCUUAACUUUAGAGCCUUGGCUCUUGGAAAAGAUGGAUGCUCUUGUUGCUGCUUGGUUGCCUGGUAGUGAAGGAGAGGGAAUAGCAGAUGUGAUAUUUGGAGAUUAUGACUUUGAGGGCCUAUUACCAGUGUCAUGGUUUAAAAGGGUUGAACAGCUGCCGAUGAAUGCUCUAGACAACUCAUAUGACCCUUUAUAUCCUCUUGGCUAUGGGUUGACUUACAAUAAGGGAAAAUCCUUACAGUAA